UAUCUUCUCUUCUGACCCUUUUCAAAUGUUAUCACCAUCUCAACAAAUUCUCUCACUUUCAGUCUUCGCUCAUCUCUCUCCUUUCACUGCAAAAACCAAGUCUCACCCCAUCUCUAUUCAAUCUAUUCUGGUGUUUGGUCUGCCCUAGACCGGAAGCCCUUGAGUUUCUUGAGCCAUAUACCUCCUUCAAGAUCACACCCAUCUAUUAUUAUUGCAGCAAUAUGGAUGGGUUUAGCUCUCAAAGGCAAGACUCGAUGAAGAGGGGGUUCCAAGACAGGAACUUGCCCAUCUCAUCCAUGGACAACUACUUCGCGAAAGUCAUGGCCGCCGCUGCCACUCCACCUUCCUCCUCGCCGGCCUUCGUGAAGAACCCUAGCAGCAACAGCAAGAUCCCGAGCUCUAUCGGGUUCGACGACGAUCUCGUUGCUGCGGUCGUGCCGCCAGUGACGGUGGCCAUUGAGGGCCGCUCGAUCUGCCACCGCAUCAGCCUCCACAAGCACGACAGCUACCAAAGCCUCGCCAGGGCGCUGAGGCAGAUGUUCGUGGACGAUGCUGAUGUCCCGGACAAGGAUCUCAACCUGUCCAAUGCUGUCCCCGGACACCUUAUCGCCUAUGAAGACAUUGAGGAUGAUCUUCUUCUUGCUGGUGACCUUAAUUGGAAGGACUUCGUACGCGUGGCGAAAAGAAUCCGGAUCCUGCCGGUGAAGACAAAUUCGAGGAAAGGAAGAGGAGGAGCAUGAGAGCUGCUGUGUUAGCCUGGGAUUUUUGUUGAGGGUUUUGGUGAGAUGAAGGCGACAGGAACUAGUAUGAGCUUGAGAGAACCACAAAGGGAAAAAAAGAGAAAAAAGGAAAAAGAAUAGAGGAAGAUAUAUUUUGUAUCUUAUGGAGUCAGAUCGAAUGUCCUUUUAAUUCUUGGGUAUGAACUUUCUUGACUGUCAUAUCUAUACGGUUCUACUUCGAUUUCUUUCUUCUUGGGUCUUUUUCUCAUGACUCAGCUCUAAGUUGAACCAGUGGAAUUUAUUCUCUCUUUA